AUGUCCUCAAGCCCCAAAGACAUCGAGGAGAUCUUCUCCGACGAGUCCAGUUUCUACGGCGACGAGGACGAACAAGCACGCCUAGAAGAGCAAGCAGCGGCAUACGACCCAGAGCCCUUCUGGUCAGAGGUACAUCCGCACCUCCUAUCAACCGUGCAGUACAACCUGCACGCGCCGCCCGCAACAAGCAAGCCCAUCUCAUCAGCAGACCAAGAUGCAAAGCCCUCAUCAACGACGCUUCCUGAAAAUAGUCGAGGGGACAAAGAGACGACGGCGCAGUUUCUCUCGCGGCUUCCGCCAUCAACCACAUCAUUCUCGACAAUAGGACCCUGGAUCUGGAUGCACAGCCCACAGGCACCACCCAUGGACGAAGGUGAUGUACCUGCUUUAAUGCGCAAGGGUACAGAGCUGCUACACAGCUUCGAAGACGAAAGCUCCCGUCUACGCGCCGCGCACGAGAAAUCCGGCGCAAAGACCACCGCAGCACUCACGCGCAAGCUCAACCCGUUGCGCCGCGAGCUCGAACAGAACCUCUUUGCUGCUGCGCGCGAGGCCCGCGUGACGGCGGGGAAGUGGAUGCUGUUCCCAACGGUUGACCGCGCGGACGCGGUCUGGGCGGCGGUAGUCAAGGCGCUGGAGAAAGGGGAGCUGGGCGAUGUGGCUAAGGUUGCUACGGAUGAUGGGUCCGGACACGCGCGGUUGAUCUGUGUGUAUACGAAUGACUUUGAGGAUAUGGAGGAUGUCAAGCGUGUGCUGCGCGGGUUGGUGGAUGCUGGGCUUGUUGAGGAGCAGGCGAGGCCUAUCUACUACAAGUGUGAUGCGUACACGCAUCUGGAUAUCAAGUCCAGUAAUGAUUAUGGGCUGAAGGCGAGUAUGUUUUCUAGUCGCGAUGUCCUUGCGGGCAAGGUGUAG